CCCUAUCCGGACACCGUAGAAACUCAGCAAUGUGGCUGGUCUCGAGCUCACAUGAUGUACCUCAAUGAAGACAUGAACAUAUAGCUAAACGGCUAGCUGGUAGAUUGAAUAAGUAUGGACAAUGUGGAUAAUGGACAUCCAGUCGAGACUGACAAGAACAGUAGCUCUCGCUGUACUUUCUUCACGGCAGAUCCGAGUGAUUAUCGAUGUGAUGUGAUUCUUACAGUGAAAAGAGCCACUGGAGCAUUUUCUCUGGUUGCAUGCCUUUUUAUGUUAUUUGUGAUAUGGCUGCUGCGUCGAUACAACUCCCUGGCUCAGAAAAUGAUAGUCAGUUUAACUGUAGCAGCAUUCUUUGACAGCGUUGCGUAUGUCAUGGGAGAGUCUCAUCCAGAGGGCUCUCUGUGUGAUUUCCAAGCCUGGUGGCUAACAUAUUUUGACUGGAGUGCUCUGGCCUGGGUGUGUCUCAUCACUCUGAAUCUUUACCUGAACCUGGUCAGGGAGUACAGAACCGAACAUUAUGAGAUACCGUAUCAUAUUGUAGCAUGGGGGAUCCCUCUUGUUAUGUCCAUUCUCCCUUUGAUGAAAGGAUACUAUGGUCCAGCUGGAGCCUGGUGCUGGAUCACAGAUGACCACGUGGCCUGGAGAUUUGGCAUAUGGUACAUCCCGCUCUUCACCCUCAUCUUCCUCAUGAUCUGCUGUUAUGUACGAAUCAUUUGUGUGGCCAAUAAGAGGAUGCAGUCCUGGUUUGGCACCUUUAACCCAGAGAGGGAGAGGAGGAAGAUGUCUCUAGUUGAGGAAAUCCGACCUCUGAAAUGGUAUCCCUCAGUAUAUCUGCUGGUCUCGAUCUUCCCUCUCCUAAAUCGGCUUCAUAAUGCUGUGUAUCCUGAGGAGCCUGUGUUCUCCCUCACGCUCCUCCAUGUGCUCAGCGCUCCUCUGCACGGUCUGGCCAAUGCAUUUGUUUUUAGCAAGGACACCUGGAGUCAGCUCAGCAAUACUGGAAUCAAACUGGCCCUUCAGUCCCGGCUGUGUGACAGCACCAGGAUCGGAGAGUAUCAUCCAGCCAACGUGAGAUACACAGUGGCCCUCGAGUCCGAGUCGGACGAUGAUGAUAAUAAUGUCCUCUUCUACAGCCCUGACAUGAGCUUGAAGGACAGAGGACCCUGAUUUUGUGUGUGUGUGUAUAUGAAAGCACAUUACAGUUCACACUCCUUCUCUUUAAAGGAUGUGCUGCUCUUCCAUUUCUCCAGCUGCUGUUGUGUUAAAUAAAAAAAAUGUUAAAGAAAAAUGACAGAAAUGAGUGUUUUACGAUCAGAAAAACCCAGUUUUAAGAGAAUACCGAAAUGGAGGACUUCACGAUAUUACUGUCCAUCUUGUAAAUGCAAUGCAAGGUGAGCACUUUACUGUUAAUAUCCUCAGUAUUGAGAGCUUUAUUUGUUUGCUUUGCUUUAAGUGUUUUGUACAGAUUUUUGUUUUCAACUAUUAUGUACAGUUUGUGAGCUUCUGUGUUUUGGUGUUGAUUUGACCGUGAUUAUCAUUUCAUGUUUUAUUAUUAUUUAUGAAAAUGUACAGAGUGUCUGCUAUAUUUUUGUACUGUUUUAAUAUAAUCUAAAUUAAAA